GGCUGAGCCAGGCAGCGCUCUCCCUCCCGCCGCUCUUCUGCUUCUGCUUGUGUCGCUGCUUGUGCUGCUGCUACUGCUGCAGCUUCCGCCUGGAGAUGAGCCUGGGGGCGCUGACCCGCCCGCUGUCCUGGGACCUGGAGCGCCGCCUGCGGGAAGGGCUGUCGGGCCCUCCGGCCGGCCUGGGAUGGUCCCUGGCCCUCUGCUUCGGCGCCGCUUACGCCUGCUACUACCUCAGCGCCGUCGCCAAGAAACCUUUGCUGGUGACUGGCAGUGAGAGCUUCUGCCGCUUUCUACAGGACCAUUGCCCUGUGUUGACAGAAACAUAUUAUCCCACUGUGUGGUGCUGGGAGGGCCGCAUGCAAACUCUCCUUCGGCCGUUUAUUACAUCUCGGCCCCAUGUGCAAUAUCGGAAUGAGCUUAUCACUGCAGCAGAUGGAGGACAGAUUUCGCUGGAUUGGUUUGAUAAUCAUGAUAGCAUACCUUACUCAGAGUCCAACAGCAGACCCACUAUCCUGAUACUGCCUGGCCUCACAGGAACAAGCAAGGAAUCUUACAUCCUCCAUAUGGUGCAGCAGAGCAAAACCUUGGGAUACAGGUGUGUGAUCUUAAACUAUCGCGGAGUUGCUGGUGAAAAUCUCUUGACACCGAGGACUUACUGUGCUUCUAAUACAGAAGAUUUAGAAACUGUUAUUCAUUACAUACACAAGUUGUACUCCUCAGCUGCAUUGGUGGCAUCGGGUGUUUCCAUGGGAGGGAUGCUUCUUUUAAAUUAUCUGGGCAAAACAGGAAGAGAAACACCACUAAAAGCAGCUGUAGUUUUUUCAGCAGGAUGGAAUGCUUUUAAAUCUGCAGAUUCACUGGAAAGGCCUGUGAAUUGGCUUCUCUUCAAUUACUAUUUAACCACCUGCUUGCAGUCUUCAGUUACUAGACAUCGGGAGAUAUUUGAUAAGCAAUUUGAUAUGAAUCUUGUCAUGAAGGCUAAGACCAUUAGAGAAUUUGACAGACGGUUCACCUCAGUCAUGUUUGGCUAUCCUACACUUGAGGAUUACUAUGCAGAUGCUAGUCCAUAUAAAAGGCUUAAAAGAAUUGGCAUUCCAGUGUUGUGCUUAAAUUCUCUGGAUGAUGUCUUCUCACCAAAUCAUGCCAUACCAGUAGACAUUGCAAAGCAAAACCCAAAUGUAGCUUUGAUUCUUACUUCUUGUGGAGGCCAUAUUGGUUUUCUGGAAGGAAUGUGGCCACGAAAGUGUACAUACAUGGACAGAGUCUUCAAGCAAUUUAUUGAAGCUGUGUUUGAGCAUGGAAGCAACAUCUUUAAUCUAUAGCAAUUUCCAAAGCCAUGAUUAUUGCACAGUGACAUAUGACAUGUGAUCAGGGUAACCAAGCUUAAUGCACACAAUUUAGCAAAUGAGCCAGCAAAUGAAUAAAAACCCUCCUUAGAAGCAGAAGUAUCGUUUUGCUUAGGUAUUUUGCAAUAUGACUACUGUUUGGUUUUUAUUUUAAUUUGCCUUCUAAGAAUGACCUUAAAAAGCACUCUACACACAUUAAAUUGCACUUAACCAAAAUCUUUAAGUAAACAGAAGAUAAUUACUCAGGUUUCUUUUUCUUUUUUCGGUAAUUGACAUGUAGGAAUCAUGCAUUAGAUUACCUGUUCUCAUGCACUUAAAAUUCAGAAACAAUUAUGUUGUAAGUGGGCUUCUCUCCAAGUGUACUCGAUGAGGAAAAGGAUAUAGAUAAAAUAAGACAUUUAAAAAAGACCUAAUUCAAAAAGCCAUUUUGAACUUUAGCCAUGGACUGCAGAAGCAUUGAAUUUUGCACUUGUUCUAUAUAGUAGGAAUUAUAUUUUCAAUUUCUUCAUUUUUCUUGAUGCCAUAUGUCUUAAUUUUUUAACAUUGCUAAUUAACUUACAACAAUUAUAUUUAUACCAGAUGUUUUAUGUUGAAAUGAAGAAUGGAAAUAAACUACAUUUUCAAAUAAA